ACUCUGCCUUCUGCCGCUGAGGGAAAAUGUCGGAGUACUUGCAGCUGGUACGGAGGGCACUGGAACAGAUCCGGGCUCACGGUGGGCUGCGGGGAUCUAUGUGGCAGCUGUUCAGAGUAAAUGAUCUAAAAACUGGUACACUUGUUGGUGUUGACCAGCAUGGCAACAAGUAUUAUGAAGAUAAGCGUUACUUUUUUGCUCGUCAUCGAUGGGUGGAUUAUACAAAUGAAAUGAAUGGAAAACCAACAUACUGGGAGGUAGAUGGAAGUAUGGUGCCCCCUGAAUGGCAUCGAUGGCUCCAUUGCAUGACAGAAGAGCCGCCAACUACUCAUCCGCCUACUACUCAUAAAUUUGUCUGGCAGAACCAUAAAUUCAAUGUCAGUGGCACCAAAGAGCAAUAUGUUCCUUUUCCUACCACUCGUAAGAAGAUUGAGGAGUGGGUUCCACCUCAACCAAAAUAAGCGUGAUCACGCUGUAACAACAUGUAUUCCCCUAAUUCUACAUAUAUAAAUAUAUUUAAUAAAAA